UGAUGUCGUGAUGUCACAGCAUGCAAAUGCAAGGCUGUGGAUGUCAAUAGUAAAGCCUUUGAGUGAAAGCAAAGAGCACACUCUGCACUCUCCACUUGGAUCCAAUUUUUUGGAUUACCGCAUUUUUUUUUAUUUGUUAUGUGGAUUGUAUUUGGUAACCUAGCUCCAUGAAAGGACGUUUACUUCAAGAAAUAUGAGCACAUCAAUGGAUAUGCCUGAGGAAGAUGAAUCAGGACCAUCCAGCAAAGCAGAAAAUGUAGAGAGCAUGAGAAACCAGUUGAAAGCAGAGGUAGAGACAAUAGAUGAAUUUGAGAAUAACUGCAUGAAGGAAGCUCUGCUCGCUAGCCGAAGGUCAAAGCCCAAACUUGUGUCUGCUCAGGCUGUGCUCUCAUCCAGACUAGAACCAGAAAUUAUUCAAAAGGAACUGUUUGUGAGUGCUUCAGAAAAGCCAGAGGACUGGGAACCUAACAGUAUGCUGAACUGGUCUGAAACCAACACUGGAGCAAAAGAGAAAGACAGAGAAAAUGAAAAUACGAAACACAUUGCUGGUAAAGGGGGUUUAUUUUCUGGAGAAAUGUCCAGAAAGAAUACGUGGCUAGCUGGACAGAGGGAAAGAUUGAGAGGGAAGAGGAGAGAGAGGCUGGAAGGUAGAGCAGAGAACAUAGAGGAGGAGGAUGACAACACCACGAAUGAGAAAGAAAUGAACCCAGGAAUUAGACUGAGACACACACAAAGGCAGUGGAGCUCUAAGGAGGCACAAGAUGAAGAGUCAGAAAAGGAUGUGACAGGGCUGAGAGGGGCAGCGCAAAGAAAUAUCGAUGUGGACGCAGAGAUGAGAGGAACGGUCCCCCACCGCAUAUUCUCAAAGGUUUUAGCCAACUCUUUUGCCUCAUCAUCUUCCUCCUCAUCAUCAUCUUUCAACUAUUCCUCAGCGGAAAGUGACGAGGUCUUCAGUGAGGGAGAGGAGAUGGCCAAGAGGAAAGAUGUGAGAAGGUGUCGAUCCUGGAGGACAUUCCUGACUAUGAUGCAGUGGUCAAAGCGCAGGCAGAGUUCCUGGAUACAGCUGGCUGGACACCAAGGUAACUUCCAGCUGGGUGAAAGUGGGGAGGUGCUGAAGAGAUUCAAUGAGGUGGAGGAUACCUGUCUGCAGGCACUCAUGUCUGAUCCACUCCAUCAAUUUGUGCCUCGUUAUCACGGGCACAUCAGCAGGAACGGAGAGAACUACAUCCGUCUGGAGGACCUGCUGAGCGGCCUCAAGCAGCCUGUCAUCAUGGACUGCAAAAUGGGCAUUCGCACCUACCAAGAGGAGGAAAUUGUGAAAGCAAGAACCAAAGCUAGCAUCCGAAGAGAUAUGUACCAGAAGAUGGUGAAAGUAGAUCCUACAGCUCCUACAGAAGAAGAACAUGCACGGAGAGGCGUGACAAAGCUGCACUACAUGCAAUGGAGAGACAGCACAAGUAGUACAGCAACAUUAGGAUUCCGCAUAGAAGGCAUAAUGACAGAGAAUGGGAUUGUACAACGAGAUUUUAGUCAAACUCAGAGCAAAGCACAAGUUACAGAGGCCCUGCUAUUAUUUACCAAGAGGCAGGUAGACAUUCUUGAAGCCUAUCUGUCCAGGCUGGAUGUGCUGAAAGAGACAUUAAAGGAGUCUGCCUUUUUCAGAAGCCAUGAGGUAAUAGGCAGCUCUCUCCUUUUCGUCCACGAUCGUCCCACCAACAAAGCCAACAUAUGGAUGAUUGAUUUUGGGAAGACCACUCCAGUGCCCAGUAAUGUGCAUUUAAAGCAUGAUAUUCCAUGGGUUGAGGGAAACCGGGAAGAUGGAUAUCUAUUGGGGCUGGCAUCCCUCAUCUCUUUGCUGCAUGUUGCUAUCAGGGAAAUUAGGGGACAAGGCCUGAAGACCCACCAAUCACUGACAGAGCACAUAGUGUCAGAAUUUAAUCAACACCAGCCUGGGAUAAAUGAGGCAACAACAGACUUUUUAAAGGAAACUACUGCCACCAACAAUAUGGACUGAUGCUGGAUAGAGUCAUUGCAUAUAUCCUGUAUAUACAUCAUA